AAUGCGAGAAGGCUUAAGAAACUCUGUUCAUAUCAUUAUGAUGACCAUAUGGCGUCGAAAAUUUCUUGUAGUCUCCGGAUGUUUAAUAUGGGCAGUUUUCUACCUUUAUAUUCAUUACAUCUCUGUACCAGAAGAAGUUGGGUAUCCAUCUGAUGGAACUUCUGUUAAACAUCCAAUAAACACUGAUCGUAAUAAUAUUCUUGAAACUUCAGGAAGAUCUACAACAAAAAUGCAAUUUUUAAAAAUUUCUAAUCCACUUACUUCACCUGAAGGUAACGAGAAAGCAUUUAAUAUAAACCAACAGGCUAGCAAGCAAAACAAUUAUUCUCCUACAGCCCAAUCAUAUCGAGAUAAACAUAGAUCAGAAAAUGAUAUUCAUGAUCAUCAUUCCAAAGAACAACGUCCGAACAGCAAGCAGAAACAGAAAUCUGUCAGAGAGAAGUAUGCGGAUAAAGGAAUUAAGCCCACAUCAUUUUUAGUUCGUUCAAAACAAAAGACAUCUUACCCUGGAGAUGGAAGUAACACUUCGACUAGUGAAAGUCCAAAAGCAAACGUAUAUAUCCCCCCUCUUCGUUUGGUGCACUUUGAUUUGAAAGGCGCUCCUCCUAAAAUUUCAUUUUUCAAAGCAAUAUUUCCUUUAAUAAAAUCUGCAGGUGCUAAUGGAAUUUUGAUGGAAUAUGAAGAUACGUUUCCUUUUUGGGGCCCACUAUCAUCAAUAGCUGCACAUAAUGCAUACCAAAAGAAACAAAUUCGAUAUAUUCUCGAACUUGCGAAAAACCAUGACUUGCUUGUUAUCCCUUUGGUACAAACUUUCGGACAUCUAGAGUUUGUGCUGAAACUUCCCGAGUUCAAACAUUUAAGAGAAGUAGAAGAUAUUCCACAGUCAUUGUGUCCAACAAACAAUGGAUCUCUAGUAAUGGUUAAAAUGAUGAUUGAUCAAAUUAUGGCCUUGCAUCCAAAUUCAAACUGGCUUCAUAUUGGCAGUGAUGAAGUAUAUCAAUUAGGACACUGUUCAAGGUGUUCUAGAUAUGAAAGAAAUAGCCUUUUUCUAGCUUACGUUCGUAAAGUUGCUAAAUAUGUAAGAGAACAACAUAAAGUUAUUCCCAUUAUGUGGGACGAUAUGCUCCGUCACGCUUCUGUUUCAGAAUUGGAGAAGUAUGAAAUGGGAAAGCUAGUUGAACCGAUGGCUUGGACAUACGUUGAGGACGUAUACUUGUUUCUCCCAAGUAGUCUAUGGGAGAAAUACAGUGAAGUAUUCCCUUACAUGUGGACAGCAAGUGCUUUUAAAGGUGCUUUUGGGGAAACGUUGACAGUGCCAGAUGCCAAGAGGCACUUGGAAAAUAAUGUUGCCUGGCUUACAGUAAUGAGUGAACAAAACAAUAGUUUCAAAGGUUUCAGAGGCAUUGCGCUGACUGGAUGGCAAAGGUAUGACCACUUCGCUUCCCUCUGUGAGCUCUUACCUGCAGCUUUGCCAUCACUGGUCUUGAAUCUUUUAACUGUGACUCGUGGUCGCUUUGACCGCAAAAUAUUUCCUCAAGUCCAAGAAAUUUUAGAAUGUUCUUCGCGAGUUCAUUAUCACUUAGAUUUAGAACAUGAUCCAUAUAUGUGGCGAGCUUUAGGUGUUUGUUUCUUUCCUGGAUCUUCAGUAUUUCGCCUCACUCUGCGACACAAUGAUGUAGCAAAGUCUCUUGACAAAUACAUAAAUGACAUAUCCUCACACAAAGGAUGGAUGACAGAAUAUAACGUUAAUCAUAACUUUUCAAGUCCAUUACGGGUAAAUGAACUGCUCAGAGAUUUCAGUUAUUACAAUUCUUCUCUACAAAUGCUUCAAGAUGCUGCCGUUAAGGCCCUUAGAGAAGCGUAUGACGACGAUACGGUCAGUGAAUGGAUCGAGUUGAACAUACAUCCAUAUGUCAAAAAGAUGAAUACCAUAUGGGAACAAGGACUGAAGCUGAAAAAAUUUAAUACCUGGCCUCGAAGACCCUUGCCUAAAUUUAUCCAAUUACCGUCACCUCCAAAUAUAGACUUAGGGUUUAUUACAUCCUGAAAAUUUAUUGGUUUACUUUACCUGUGCAUAAAUGUGAUAGGACUCCUUGUCGUUUGGUGUUUAAUGAAAUCAGUGUGAAAUGAGUGCAAUGAGUGUUUUCUCACUUGUAUGGUAUUCGAAGUAACGACACAAUGUAUUAUUCUGGAAUGUACUUUAGCUCUUUCUGAACUUGAGUCGAUUUAUAGGUGCACUUGAAUUUUUAAAUAUUUUAAAUUUUCAGUAUUCUGUAAAUUUCUUGGAGGGAUCAAACAUAUUUUUAACGUGAAUUUAAAACUAGCAUUUGGACAGUAGGCUAAUAUAUUUAGAUUCGUAAUAUAUUAAUAAUUCAAUGAAGUUAAUUUUCUAUAGCAAUAAAAGAACAUAGAUAUUUACUGUUAGAAUCUGAUGAAACGCAACUAUUUACUUUUUUUGGUAUAAAAGCAGCUUUUUCUUCAAGAAGAAACAAAAUGUAAAUGCAGAUAAAUAUAGCAUAUUAACAGUUUUAUUUUUAUGGUAAAUAUAUUUUUACUUGAUAUGUUAUAUUUGAAGCAGAUUUCUUCAAAUUAUGUAAUUUAUACGUAUUUCAAAUGCAUUGUAAAGUAUAAAGUACGCUCUUAUAUAUAUGCUAUAUUUUUCAAACUAAUUAAAAUAACUGAAUGUACAGUUAAUCUUCAUGCUCAUCAAAUACGCAAUUAAGUAAUAGUGGAAAUGUUGCACUUAAAAACAUUUUCUGAAUAAUCUGAAAUUUGUUAUAUCACGUUUUCCAAAUUCAGUUUUCUAUUAACUUAAUUUUAAGUUUGUAUUAUUUAUUUUGAGAAAUACAUUUCCUAAGUUUCCACCAAACACCGUUAAUACCGAUAUACAAACACCGUUAAUUGUAUUUUUGUUAAACCUUGAGAGGGGUUGUGCACAUAUUUGAUCCAUGCAGUGCAAAACCUUGUUUCACAAUCAAAUAUUUUAUUGAGUUUCCGGCACAUUACACUGUUUGACAUUAACGAAGUUUUGUGUCUUAAAAAUUUUAUAUCCAUAUCUCAUUUUAACUUACAAAGAUGAUAUAAAAGUAUCAUCUACUCUAAUUUUGUUUAUAAACUCUAUUCAAAGUUUUCAAAGACCAGUCACUUGUAAUAAAAAUACAAACUGAAGUAUUCACACAUUCAGCAUUUAUUUCAUUGAUGUUAGGUAAGUAAUGUUUUUUAUACUUACAUAAAUGUACUAAAGUGCAUAACUGGGCUGAAGAAAUGAACAAGAUUUCUAAAAUAAAAGAAAAUUUCUUGGUAAAUGGUCAGCCACGAUACCUGAGCAAGAUCUAGAACUCGUUUUAUUUUUUGACAUUUAUGGAGCCCUUUUUAUUCAAGGACGAAAUACAUCAUUUGCACGCAGAGACAGAAGUUUAUUACAGAGAUCUAUAUCUGCUCUCGAUUUAUUAUUUCAUGCAUGAUCUAAUUUCGAAUGUAUAAGCAUAAUACCAAAUGCAGCUCUUAAAUGUUUUUGUACUAAUGGUCAAAAUGAUUAACCGUAUAAUGUAAAUAUAAGAUUUAAGCACGAAUUAAAAUAAUAAAAUUUUCGGGUGGAUUUUUCUAUGUUAAUAUUUAUAUUAAAUAUCGUACAGUUUAUUUUCUACGGCUUCAAAGUUUAAUCCGGGGUGUAAAUCUCUGAAGCAGAUUACGCAAUGUGAAACAGCUUCUGAAUACCUAACUGCAUACGAGUUUUUAGUAGAGGCUACCCUCAAGUGUGGAGGAUGUUAAAAACUUAAAAAUUUAUUCGAUCGGUUUAUGAGACUUUAUGAUUACGUCUUGUGAUCUGUUUUUGAUCACUUUGUGAGACUCAUAUUACAGCAUUGUAUCAUUCUAUAACUGUCAGAUCUCUUCAGAAUACACGCACAUGGUUUUAAGAAUUAAACUUUUCUUUUAUCUUGUAGAUAUAA